UCUAGAGCAGCCCGAGCUGCGCCAGGCCUCUCCCACCCUCCCCGCCCGCUAGUCUCGGCCCGGAGAUGGGGAAGGUCCAGCUCUUCGAGAUCCGCCUGGGUGACAGCCGGGUUGUCUUCAGCCCCGGCGAGCCGCUGGUCGGAACCGUCACGGUCCGCCUGGCCGGAGCUCUCCAGUAUCGCGCCAUCAAAGUGAGCUGCGUGGGCUCCUGUGGGGUAUCCAACAAAAUCAAUGACACGGCCUGGACUGUAGAGGAGCAAUAUUUUAAUACGACUCUGUCCCUGGCAGACAAAGGGAUCUUGACCGCUGGCGAGCACACCUUCCCGUUCCGUUUUUUGCUGCCAGCUUCAGCCCCCACCUCUUUCGAAGGCCCUUUUGGGAAGGUGGUGCACCAGGUGAAAGCUGUGAUCGAGACACCCCGGUUUUCCAAGGAUCACAAGUGCAACAAGAUCUUCUACGUCCUCUGUCCACUGAAUCUGAAUGAUAUCCCAGAUAUUGAGCAGUGCAACACCAAUUCCAUCACCAAGAAGUUCAGCUACAAGCUUGUGAAAACUGGAAAUGUGGUUUUGACAGCCACCACCGAUCUGAAGGGCUACACAGUAGGGCAGAUCAUCCAGUUGCGAACGGACAUCGAGAACAAAUCUGGCCGGGACACCAGCACCAUUGUGGCAAGUCUUAUCCAGAAAGUUGCCUAUAAAUCCAAGCGGUGGAUUUAUGACUUGAGGACCAUAGCUGAAGUGGAGGGCUCAGCGGUGAAAGCAUGGAAGCGCGCCGAGUGGAAAGAGCAGAUUCUUGUCCCUGCAUUGCCACAGUCCAUUCUGCAAGGCUGCAGUCUUAUCCAUAUUGAUUACUACAUCCAGGUCUCCCUCAAGUCCCCUGAAGUCUCCACCGCACUGCCGAUUUACAUCGGGAACAUUCCUGUGAACCGGAUUCCCUUAAGCCCUUCCCAUUUAAUCCCAAACAUUCCCUCGCCGGUGGUUCCGAGUGCACCCCCCGAAGAAGAGGAAGCAGCCGGGGGCUAUUCCCACCCCAUGGACAAUAUUUCAAUCCCUACCAAAAGUCAUUCUCAACAGCAGCCCUUCAGCUACGCUCCGGGCCUGAGCUUCCCCGAAGUGAGGCCAGAUUCUGAGCAGACCACCUCACCCAACCGUCCCACCCUUUGCUUGUCAACGGGGGCAACGGUUCCUUAUUACGCCGAGGGGGCUGUCGUUCCGGUGGCUACGGCCAGUUCUUUGAUCCUACCGCCCGAGUAUAGCACCUGGGGUUACCCAUACGAGGCCCCUCCUUCGUAUGAGCAGAGCUGCAGCAGCGCUGUCUCCAGCUCGAGCAACGACAACUAGGCUCCGGUUCGGAAAUCUGAAGGCCGUGGUGAAUCAGGAGGAAGGACAGUACACAGCCUGGCUGGGAAGAAGUGGUCUCGCCUGGCCCCAGGCCUGCUGGCCGCCACUCGCCAACCCUACGGAGGCCUUGCACAACCCAUCUGUGAACCGUGCGGUCCUGCCCCCCAAGUUUGCUGCUUUACUCUCCAAACACCUGCGAUGCCUUAUUGGGGAUGCCACCGGGAUCGAAGGGGGCGGAUGGAUCCCUCAAGCGUGUGAACGUACAUAGGUUUUUGUUUUUUGAGUGCUGCUGUUGACUUGCUAUGGAAUUCCCACGGUGGGACUGACUGUCUGGACAGUUUUGUU